UCCAGGAUCUUUGUCUAAGAAAAUGUUUGAAGUCUGCUGAGUGGACGGUCAGAAAGAAGCUCACAGCCCGGCUAGGAUCAUCCCUGACCACAGAGGGGUUCGGCUCUGAAAGCGUCAGGUUAACCAGGUAAAAUAAAAGAAGCGAGUGGACAUCACUACCAGCACCUCCCUCUCUCCUCCACCAGGGAUCAGCAUUGUGUUAAUCUGACGUGACUGCAACAAAUGGGUUUUAAAAUGUACCCCAAGAAUGGCCAUGCUAUGGAGAACAAUCCUCACACACGAAGCCGUGAUGAGUCAACAUUCAAGAUUUCAUCUGCUCCAGAUUUCAUUCCAAAAACUGAAAAGGAGCUAAAACUGAGCACAAAAGAAGAAAGAUUUUACAAAAACUCUGCACUGAUCUUAGAUUCAAGUAGUCAAGUGUACUCAGGGCUGGACGACAAUUCAACAGAGCCACACGAGUCCCUGACAGAGUCCUCCAAUGUUACCUUUGUUGACAGCUACACUCUGGAGGAGUCUGUGGAUAAUCACAGUCUGAAUGAAGUUGGGAUGAUUUACCUCAAGGAGUUUGUGUUGAUAGAUGACGAUGAAGAUGGGGACAUGUCGCUGAGAGAGAAAACAGUCACAGACUUCUCAGUCAGGGAUGGGAAAGCUGCAGACCUAGUGUGUGGAAGGCUCCUGUCCACAUCCACUGGCUUUGACUGCAAGGAUGAAUCUUCAUUUCAUGGUCCCACUUCACCUGAGGAGGUCAGGGCAGAGCACAAAAAGAACUGCUGUUUCUGCACCCUGCUGUGACUGUUGUAAAACCUAGACUAACUUCUUUAUAGCCAGAACAAUUGUUUUUAAAGUAUUCAUUCUUGUUGAACUGUUAUAACUGAUAUUAAUAUUGAUUUUCAUUACUACUAAUGGAUUUAGCCUAGGUUUGAUUGUAUGCAACGGAUAAGAUAUUAUACAUAUACAUCCAAGCAUACAUACUUGCACCAAUGUUGUUGCUGAUAAUAUAUGGAGUUUCCCUAAAUACAAAAACAAAGAAUCUAGGUAUUUCAAUUGCAAUUUAUUUAAUUGAACAACAAUAAGUUAUUUUGAAGUGGAGGUGCAAUCUUGUUUGAUUGAUCUGCAUUUAUAAUGGAUGGUCUGAGACUUUUUUUGG